GCGAUUUGCACUAAGUGAUCACGUGAUCUAAUCCGCCAUUGUGGCUGGUCGCGCGACUACUUUUCGGUAUGACAAAAAUGUAAACAAAGAUGGCGGAGCCGGCUUUUUCGACUUCAAAACAAAGAUCAUCGAAAUUCACUUGCUGUGUACAGCAUUGCUCAAAUACCAGCAAAUCUACAACUGAUAACAAUAUAUCAUUUCAUCGUUUUCCUGCUAAUCCAGAACUUCGUUUUAAAUGGUUGGUAAAAGUCCGUCAAGGCGACUUCAAGAUAACUCCCAAUACUCGGAUAUGUUCUUCACAUUUUCGCUCAGAAGAUUUUAAACCACAAAAAGAUAAUCUUGGACGAAGGCUAUUGAAAUGGAAUGCAGUCCCUGUUAACUUUCCUUGGCAUACUGCAUUAGAAAGACAGGAAAUACACAAAACAGAAUUACCUACAAAAGAUAAAGUGAGAAAAUCAUCUUCAACUGAUGGCCCAAAAGAGAAGAAAAGAGCAGAAGAAAAUCUAGAUCAGACAAUGAAGUCCUUAGAAGAAGAAAUUUGUGCCCUAAGGGCUCAGCUUGAAAGCAUGAAGAUAUAUAAAUUUGGUAUUGAGAGAUUCCAAAAUGAUAGUGAUAUAAAAUUCUACACUGGUUUCCCUAGUUAUAAACAUCUAGUUACAAUUUUCAAYAUGCUUAAACCAAGUGCUGAGAAAAUGGUGUACUGCUAUGCCAGUGGUAUGGCCGACAACCGUCCUGGUGCCAGGAAAAUGGUCUUAAUAGAUGAGUUUUUUUUAUUUUUGGUUAGAGUGAGAUUGGGUACAUUAGAACAGGAUUUGGCACAUCGUUUUAAUAUCCAUACAUCCACAGUUAGUAGAAAAGUUGAAACAUGGGCAAAUUACUUAUAUUUCUUUCUUGGUUCUCAACCAAUAUGGCCCACAUUAGAGGAUGUCCAACGUCAUAGUCCCCUGGGGUUUAAGUCUUUAUUCCCAACAACAAAAGUAGUCAUUGAUUGUACUGAACUCAAAGUUCAGGUUCCAUCUUCUUUGUUACUUCAAAGUCAAWUGUAUAGUAAUUAUAAAAGCAGUACCACUUUAAAGGGUCUUGUGGGCAUCACACCACACGGUGCAAUGUGUUUUGUAUCGAGCUUGUAUACUGGUUCGAUUUCAGAUAAGGAAAUUACAAAGUGUUCUGGUAUUUUAGAUUUACUGGAGGCCAAUGAAAGUGUAAUGGCUGAUAAAGGCUUUGAUAUACAAGAUCUUUUACAAUGUAAACAAGUAGAAUUAAAUUUACCUCCAUACUUGUCUAGCAAUAAGCAGUUCACUAGUGACCAGGUAAAGGAGACUAAAGUAAUAGCUAGUCUAAGAAUCCAUGUAGAAAGGGCAAUUCGCCGUAUAAAAGAAUUCCACAUCUUAAGUUCUGUAAUACCAUUAACUCUGCUUGGUUCAAUUAAUCAGAUCUGGACAGUUUGCUGUUUGCUUACUAAUUUUCAAGGCCCACUUAUAAUCAAAAAUAACCAAAGAGGUUAGACAUGUGAUUGUCAAAUAGMUGUUUUUUAUGCAGCAGUGUAAAACCUACAUAAUAUGUAUAUAUAAUUACAAUAUAAGUGCUUAAUUACAUUAUUAAGUACAAUUUUACAAAAAGAAAUCAAAAUAAAAAGUAUCAACUUU